CUUUCUCUUCUCCAGUUCGCGUUUUGACCAUCAAGACUUUCCGUAGAUAGGUGGUGUUUUUGUUUUGGCGCGAGAUUACGGGAGUUCAGUAGCCUACUAUCUGUCUAUGAGUUCAGCGAUCAGUUACAGUCAUUGUUUCCUUCAGGAUCUGCCAUAACACUGUAAAUAUGGAUGAUGAUGUAGUAGAACAAGGACGAUCGACAGAAAAUACGUCUAAUCAGGCUACUGUCAACGACGAUGUUUCGGCGAACACCACAGAUAAAUGUUCCAGUUCGGCGCCGCAAGCGAAGAGACUGAAGCUUUUCAACAAAGUCAUGGAAAAAAGCUUACAACGGCUUGUAGCUGACGCUAGUUUCCACAGAUUUGCGCACUCAUUCCACCCAUUCUACAAGCAGAAUCCCCAGGUGACUAAAACGAUUCAUCAAGAGUUUGUCGCUAGUCUCCAGAAGAACAUACAGGAUGACAUCAACAGAGUGAUUGAGGAAGGUGAGCUGCAGUGUAAAUUGGACGAGUUGGACACACUGUGUGACUUGGCGAAAGAGAAGACUCAAACUGCCUGGCGUCCCAGUGGUGUGCCAGAACAGGACAUCAGUAGCUUCCUGACUCCUUAUUAUAAAAAGCAGGAACUCUACAUGAAGAGAGAGCUGGAGAAGCUUUGUAAAGAGAACGCCGCGCUGGCUGGGAAGGUGCGAGAGGGCCGGAUCGCCAUUGCAAACACAGAGCAGCGCAUUGCAGCUGCAGUGGAUGACUGGAAGGCUUCUGUUGAAGAUCUGGGGACCUGUAUUUCUUCUCUUUGCCCAGAGGAGACCUUUGAGGGACUCUAAAUCUUAAAUAUUUUUCUAAUAUGAAGCAGGAAGAUUUUUGUUAUGUUGUAUAUUGUGUUUUUGUAUUUAUGUUGAAUAAAUUUAAGAUUGUGUCCCAAUUUUGAAUUGCUGUCUGAGCUACAAAAACUCGAUCUAAAGCCACUGAUCAAAACGUGUUUUUUGUCAUUGCUUGAUUCAGUGGCUCAUAAUCCGUCCAUGAGAAUAAGAUGUAUUGAACUAAUCAAGAUGUCUCCUCUAUAUCUCCUUGUUAACUAUUUUGUUUGACUUUGGACAUACCUGAUUCAUGACUCCUAUUGUGUCUUUUCUUUAGGGUUUUUAGAAAUGUAAUGACUUUUUCUGAUCAGAAAAUUGUAUGUUCAGAUCAUGUAAUAUAUAAUUGUAUUUUGCUCUAUUACAUUAUUAAACCUGUGUUACGGUGAAA